GUGACUCUUUUCACACAGAGCGCAAAAGAGGUUCGUCCCCAAGCAACCACUGGACGUGGCGUCUCGUCCUCGUUUUUUGGCCGAGACUUCACUCCCCAGCCGAUAUUUUACAAUUUUUGUUCCCUUUUGACACUCUCUCAAGAACUUUAUUUUAUUUUAAUUUUGUUUUUUUCGACGCUGUCGAUUUUUCACAGAGUUUGUGUUAUUUUUAAACUAAUUUAAAAGGGGUCAGUAGUUGUUUUGUUUCAGGUUUGUUUUUAUUCUCUCCUUGGUCUCUGGGUUUCUCGGUUUUUCUCUCUCCUAUCUCCCUCUCCCUCUCUGCUUCUUUGAUAAGCUGCUGUUAGCUUUCCAUUGGCCAACACCAAAAGGCCAAGAAAAACCAGAAGAAUAUAAAGGAAAGGAAAACCUGGGUUUUGUUUUCUGUGCAUACUGGUGAGAUCCCAGUCGAGUAAAACUCCGUCGAGCAGGCAAACAUGGACUCUGUGGAUCCUACGAGAGCUUUUAUCAAGAAUGUCAAGCGUAUCGUUGUUAAGGUCGGAACAGCUGUGGUCACUCGGGGUGAUGGAAGAUUAGCAUUGGGCAGACUAGGUGCUCUCUGUGAGCAGCUUAAAGAUAUAAAUUCCCAGGGGUAUGAAGUUAUUUUGGUGACUUCAGGAGCUGUUGGUCUUGGCCGGCAGAGGCUAAGAUACCGGAGAUUGGCAAAUAGCAGCUUUGCUGAUCUCCAAAAUCCACAAAAUGAUUUUGAUGGGAAGGCUUGUGCAGCUGUUGGACAGAGUAGUCUCAUGGCUCUUUAUGAUACCAUGUUCAGCCAGCUUGAUGUGACUUCUUCGCAACUUCUUGUGACGGAUAGCGUUUUUAGGGAUGAAGCUUUCAGAAAGCAACUUUCUGAAACCGUGAAGUCGCUGUUAAAACUGAGGGUGAUUCCAAUCUUCAAUGAAAAUGACGCUGUUAGUACUAGGAAAGCUCCAUACGAGUUAUGUUUGCAGGAUUCUUCUGGCAUAUUUUGGGACAAUGACAGUUUGGCCGGUCUAUUGGCUCUGGAACUAAAAGCUGACCUUCUGGUUUUGUUAAGCGAUGUAGAGGGCCUCUAUAGCGGUCCUCCUACGGACCCAAAAUCAAAGUUAAUCCAUACUUACGUGAAAGAGAAACAUCAGGGAGAAAUAACAUUUGGCGAUAAGUCAAGGGUGGGCAGAGGUGGUAUGACUGCUAAAGUCAAUGCUGCUGUGUGUGCAGCUUAUGGUGGAAUCCCUGUUGUUAUCACUAGUGGCUAUGACACAGACAACAUAAAGAAAGUGCUUCGUGGAGACCGAAUAGGCACUGUAUUUCAUCAAGAUGCACAUUUGUGGACUGUAGUUAAGGAAGAAGGUGCACGUGACAUGGCCGUUGCAGCGCAGGAAGCAUCUAGACAGUUCCGAGCUCUAGGAUCUCAAGAGAGGAGGAAAAUUUUGCUCGACGUAGCUGAUGCCUUGGAGGCAAAUGAAGGUGAAAUUAUAGCUGCGAAUGAAGCUGAUGUUGCUACUGCCCAGGAGGUUGGAUAUGAGAAGGCCCUAAUAUCGCGUUUAGCCCUAAAGCCUGGGAAGAUUUCUGCUCUUGCAAAGUCUGUACGUAAACUGGCUGACAUGGAAGAGCCCAUUGGCCGUGUUCUAAAGAAGACCGAGCUUGCAGAAGGGCUUGUCUUGGAGAAACUGUCAUGUCCUUUGGGUGUUCUCUUAGUUGUGUUUGAGUCUCGACCGGAUGCCCUUGUUCAGAUAGCUGCGUUAGCAAUUCAAAGUCGGAAUGGUCUUCUGCUUAAAGGUGGGAAAGAAGCCAAGCGAUCAAAUGCAAUCUUGCACAAGGUCAUCACCUCAGCAAUCCCAGAACCUGUUGGUGGCAAACUUAUCGGACUUGUGAAUACACGAGACGAGAUUCCUGACCUACUCAAGCUCGAUGAUGUGAUCGAUCUUGUCAUCCCUAGAGGCAGCAAUAAGCUUGUUUCUAAAAUUAAGGAGUCAACUAAGAUACCUGUUCUUGGUCAUGCCGAUGGGAUUUGUCACGUUUAUGUUGACAAGUCCGCUAAUCUGGAUAUGGCAAAGCGAAUUGUUCUGGAUGCAAAAGUAGACUACCCUGCUGCCUGCAAUGCGAUGGAAACACUUCUUGUACACAAGGAUCUGUUGAGCGAUGGCGGGUUUAAGCAGAUAAUUUCAGAACUCAAAGAUUCAGGUGUUAGCUUAUAUGGUGGACCUAGGGCAGCAACUGCGUUACACCUUCCAGAGACAGACUCAUUCCAUUACGAGUACAGUUCAUUGGCUUGCUCAGUUGAAAUUGUUGAUGAUGUGAACGCUGCAAUUGACCACAUUCAUGAACAUGGAAGUGCUCACACUGAUUGCAUCGUCACUGAAGAUGGUCAAGUUGCUGAAGUUUUCCUAACUCAAGUCGACAGCGCUGCAGUCUUUCAUAACGUGAGUACAAGGUUUUGUGAUGGAGCGCGCUUUGGACUGGGUGCAGAAGUCGGGAUAAGUACGAGCAGGAUUCAUGCUCGAGGUCCUGUAGGAGUUGAAGGAUUGCUAACAACAAGAUGGAUUCUGAGAGGGAACGGGCAGAUUGUAGACGCGGAUAGAGGAGUCGAGUACACCCACAAGGACCUGCUUAGUUCCUAAACAUCUCAAUUAAAAGCAUUUGUAGCAGACAACUUACAGAUUUAACACCUAUGGUCAUCUGUUAGCCUUAGUUUUUACGUAUAUCUUAUCAAAUGACAGCGUAGGAGUUCGAUUGCUCCGCAGAAAUGUUCUUACGUAUUUGUAUUGUCGUAUAAAAUCGACCGUUAUCCCCUUGCCAGAUUUUUUAUUACCUGGAUUAGUUAAGGGGGGCUUCAUGUAAUCAUCCUCUUAAUCAUGAAUAAAUUAGAGAGUCUUAUGUUAAUCCUUUU